ACGAGACGAGCAAAAGCAAAGAUACUUACUUGUCUUCCAAAUCAAGCAAAAGUCAAUGUUGUCUUCCGAUUCCGAAGCUUUUACCUUUUACCAUAGACAAAAAGAAUGAAAUAUUUAAUUCUUUUUGUCUAUGCUUUUACUAAAGAUGGAGAUGGAUACAACUUCAGUAUCCUAUUAGUCAAUGGCUUUAGCCAGGCAUUGAUUGACUGUUUACCUACCCGAAGGCCGACCUGACACUGAAGUGUGACUGUGACAGUUAUUUUUACCCAAGUAUUAAACAAGUUAGAGUAAACAUUUUUCUGAAAUAAUUUUGCACACUUUAUUUAUUGAACUAGAAUUCGGUGACUUUUGUGAGAUUUCUGAACUGCAAUGCAUACUGUGCUAACCUUGAGUUUAAAUUGUGUAGGUCAGUAGGCCUAGUGUACAAUCUAUUGCUUUGAAGAACAAUAAAACAGGCUAAUCCCGUUUCUCAUCUGGAUUUGUCUGAAACUAAACUACCCUAGCUAACCCUAGCUAGGCCUAUAUUAUCAUUUUGCAAAAUGACUUCUAUGGCAGAAUGCUUGACAAUUUGUUCAUUUUUAAUCAUACCAUUUAUUUAUGAAAAAAGUAAAUCUUUUAGAUACUAUUUUAAGUUCUUUAUUUACUAUUCUUUUAUUAUGUUAACUUCAUUAGCAGUCAUUCCAAUCAUGUUGUGGAGGAGCAGGGAUGUUCAUAAUCUCAUGCUUGCUUCAAGGAUCUGCAGACACAUAUCUAGGGUGUUGGGGUUGCAUUGGGAAGUCACUGGGAAGGAAUACCUAGAGAAAGACGAAGCAUGUGUCAUCGUGGCCAACCAUCAGAGCUCUCUUGAUGUGCUCGGCCUCAUCGAAUUGGUUCCAAUUAUGCGGAAAUGCACAAUCGUAGCCAAGAAAGAGUUGUUGUACGCCUGGCCAUUUGGGCUAGCAGCUUGGUUAUGUGGCCUUAUAUUCAUCGAUCGACUGAAUUCAGACACCUCAAGACAAGCCAUAAACGAUUCCAUCAAGCAACUAAAAAGAGACAAGGUGAAAUUGUGGGUUUUCCCCGAAGGAACACGCAAGAAUACCGGGGAAAUUCAUGAAUUUAAGAAAGGAGCUUUCCAUGCCGCAGUUAAUGGCCAGAUUCCCCUUCUACCCAUUGUUUUCUCACGGUUCUACUUCACACAGAAAGGCAGCAAUAAGACUCUCGACAUAGGUCGCAUUCUGGUCACAGUCCUGCCUCCAGUCAGCACAGAAGGCCUCACGAUUGCUGAUAUUCCUCGACUGAUGGCAGAAACACGUGCUUCUAUGAUUGAGGUGUUCCAACAAUUAAAUCAUCAGCUACAAACACAACUUGCCUUUAAAUCAGAAUAAGGCAGUUAUGGUUUUUUUAGUUAAAAUAUUUUUUUUAUUUGAUGACCAUCAAGUUUUUUAAUCUAACAUUUUAUUGCUGUAAAUUGUGAAAAAAAAUGUCAAUGGAUCUGGUCAGCAAGUCCCAAAUCUUAAAAAGAGAGUAGGCUCUUGCUAACUCAAUUUGUUUGAAUACCUACUACCAAAGCCUAGUUACCGAGCAUUAUAAAAAAAUAGCCUUUAUUGUGAGAGUAGCAAAAAUACUACUAAAAUAGAGUAAAAAGGCUAAUAUUAACACACCCAACCUCACCUGAUUGCUCACAAACUCUGCCAAACGCACCUUGAAGGAUGAUUUUGUGAAAGUGUAAAAAAACAGUAUCUUCUAGACUAUGCUUAUUUCAUUCUCAUUUUUUACCAAGCAUUAUAAAUUAUAAAAAAUAUCUGCACAAGCUUGUAACUCCUCUACUGUCACUACAGUACUUCUAGAAACAUCCUCAGAACUUCUUCGUCACAAAAAUAAAUUCUUAGGUCUUUACUAAACACCUGAAUGAUAGAAAUGUUAAGUUUUUAACUACUAUUAGACCCGGUUUCCCCAAAAUGGUGUAAACUAUGUUUAUAAUAAACUAGUUUAUUUUUAAACUCCGUUUAAAAUGUGUGUUCGGUUUCUCCAACAUUUUACUGGCUUCGUUUAAGAUAAACGGCAAUUCGAGCGGUUGGCAAUCCUGAAUGUGUAUUUGUAAGGAAUUUUCGGUGGGCUUUGGGCUAGUGUUUCCUAUAACCACCAAAGCGCUACGCUACAACUCAGUAGAGCAGACAGCAAUGUGCGAAUGCAGCUAGAAUAACAUCACUGUUUAAGGUUAUGUUAUCAAGUUAUUAUAAGUUGUUGUCAAAUUCAGAUUCAUUCCAUAUAUUGAAAUGGUCAAUUCUGUCCCUUAUUUUAGUAGGCCCUCUUGUUCUAGGUACUAAAGUGUCAUAAUCUUCAUCUUCUACUUCUUCGGAAAUGUGUAUUAACUCUUCCGUUUGAGGGGGUAAAUAAGUUACUGCAAUUAAUUAAUAGUAGCCUAACUUGAAAUAAAAUCUAAUUUACAAAAAAAAGAACUUAAUAAACAAUAAAUUCAAAUAUAAAUAAAACUUAACUUAAAGCUACCCCUAAACCAAGCCUAAUUUCGUCCAAAUGAAUUCGUAGUUGCUUCAAUUAUUAUUGUUUUAACACCUACUUUUUGUUUUGAUUUGAGGUUAUGUUACUGUUGUAAUUUACUAAUUUGAACUCAGUUUAUUUUAUCCCCAGUAGUUAAACCAAGUCAGGAGGUGGUUUAGUUUGAACUUAGAUUAAUACCCAGUUUAAAUUUGGGGAAACAGAAAUCAAAGUUAUACUAAGUUUAAAUCACCGUUUAACUUAAAACUAAGUUUAAAUGAGUUGGGGAAACCGGGCCUUAGUAAUUGAAUCACUACUCCCACUUCUUUAUUAUAAUUACAAAACUAUUAUGAUAAAAACUGUCACACUUCUCUGUAUAUGAGGGAUGGAGCAAGGCAGUUUGAGUAGAUAGGUGUUAAUGCUGUCUAACUUGUGACAUCUCAAUUGUAUAAAAUUACUUUUGUUGUUGAUAUAGAAAUAAAUAAACUGUAAAACAGAAGUUAUGUUUAAUUUUAUUUAUAAAAGUUGAGAGAUUUUAUAUGCAAGUAACCUGAGAGAUUUAUUGUCAAUGAUAAUACUCGUUCUGCUGUCCAUUCUUAUGUUAUGUAGGCUAUUUUACUCUUUUUUUAUGCACCGUAUGGCAGGACUUGAA